AGUAUCUGUUUUGAUAUCGAAUCGUGAAGGUCGCGUUUCAAUGGUGAACAAAAUCUUGCCGCGUUUUUCCGAUCUUAGAAAAGCUUUCUAAUUAACAUUUUUUUUUUUGUAUCAUUUUCGAUAAUUGAGUUGGAAAACUUAAGUUUGGGAAUUGUUUUCUUUUUGUUUUCCGUUGUUGUGCUCGAAUCCCGAACAAAAUCAUAUCACGAAGACGUCUUCUUUACAUGAAUUUCUAUGGAGAAAAACUUUUUGAAUUGUGAGUUGGAAGAGCUGGAGGCACCCCAAAGGUACCGACCGGAUUCCUUAGCGCAAAUAUGUAAGACAACCAAGUUCAGUGAGUCUGAAAUCAAAAGAAUGUACCGUGGGUUUAAAGCCCACUGCCCCAAUGGAAUGGUGAAAGAAGAUACUUUCAAAGUUAUUUAUGCGCAAUUUUUUCCUCAGGGAGCGAAUACCGGUUUAUAUGCUCAUUACGUAUUUAAUACACUCGAUAAAGAUCAUACAGGAACAUUAAGUUUUGAGAAAUUUGUUCAAGGUCUAUCAAUAUUAUCGCGUGGCACAUUGGAAGAAAAAUUAUGUUGGACAUUUCAACUCUACGACAUAAAUUCUGAUGGGCACAUCACUAAAGAAGAAAUGAAUGACAUUGUGACGGCCGUUUAUAAUCUGAUGGGACAUCCGGUCGAAGAGAAGAUUGACGAUGAACGAAUAAAGGCUAAAGUUGAUAGAAUAUUUGAUAAAAUGGAUCGAAACCAUGAUGGUGUUGUGACGAUAGAUGAAUUUCUAGACUGUUGUCGUCGUGAUCAAGCCAUAACUAAUUCGAUGCUUAAGGCACGAGAAAAUCGAGUAUCACAAAAUGACCACAACAGACAGCAGCACAACCAGCAGCAAGCGAAAACUGAAAUCUCUAGUCAUUCAACCAAAUUGUAUGUCCAUCCAACAACACAACAUAAUGGCAUUAGAUCAACAAAAUCGAAAUUGUCUGACAGCCAAAACCAUAAAAAUUUAUCGCCAUCAUUUGGGCCUACUUCAAGACAACGGGAUGGGUCUUCUUCACAGAAACGUCAACAAUAUUAUCGAUACCAUCCUCAUACCACUCAACUAGCAACUGUCUUUGGCAAUAAAAUGAAAAAUAAUGUUGGACAUAAAGCAAGUCAAACGAAACGCAUUCAACUGUCUACUGCCGCGAAACGUUGUAAAUCGAUAAACAGAUCAAAUGGUGUCAACAAUAAUAAUUCCAAAACCAUUAAUCUCGAUGACAUCUGUAAGGCUGAUGAUGUAGAAGAAGUUGAAGCAGAUGACGGCGAUAAUUGGGUGACGGUCGUACACCCGCCCAAUCAAUGUCAUAAUAACGAAUUUGAUAUUGCUGCAAACAACAGCAUGAGUACUCAGUCGACAGAAUUACCAAAGCUUGUUAAAGUUAAGACAUGGUACACGGAGCCGACUGUUGUUCUGCCACUAUCAU